CCUAUGCAUUGCAGUUCUUCCUCAACGCUCACUGACAACUUCCAUUCACAGAAGCUAUCUGACUUUCAAUCAAUAUAUUAACGUGUAAGAAAAGACCCAGCAACAAUGAAAACGACGGUUGUUCUCUUAUCCAUGGUGGUUAUGAUCAUGGCGGUAGAUUUUCCCAGUGGUUUCAAAGUUUGUAAGUUAUCGGAUCCGAACUUCGAGAAAUGUUACAUCGAGGCUGCUAAAAUAGGAUUGAACAUUUUAGCCAAAGGUGACAAUACGUUAGGGAUUUUACCUUUGGAACCCAUAGUAAUCGGUAACAUGACUGUCCAGGCGAGCGGCCCAGUAGCAGUAAAACAUGAAUAUUGGAAUAUGAAAGUUUACGGACUGACAAAAAAUUUGCAAAUAACCAUAAAAAAUUUCAACAAAAACACACUCGCAAACUAUAAGGAGGUUUUUUAUCCUUACUUCUAUUUACUUAGCAAUUAUAAAUUGGAUGGCAAGAUUUUGUUGCUGCCGAUCCAUGGAGAGGGGAAAUGCAAAUUGAUGUUACAUAAUUCAACGAUUACGUUCAAAGAAACAUUCGUAACGUAUGAGAAAGAUGGGGAAACUUAUAUAAAAUUCAAGAAGUAUGAUUUCCGUAUUAAGGAAGCAAAAUUAGAGAUGCAAUUCGAAAAUCUCUUUGGCGGGGAUGCCAGAUUAGGUGAAACGAUGAACAAAUUCAUAAAUGAGAACUCCAAAGAAAUAUUCGAUGAAGUUAAACCAGCUUAUGAAAAAGUUUUCAGUGAUGCGACCAGUGGAAUUUUUAAUAAAAUUUUUUCUCAAAUACCGUUAAGAAAGAUUUUUCCACCUGAGUAAAUCAAAAUUCACACUUUAUCAGUAAUUCGCUUAUAUUGUCUAUAAUAAGAUUUAUUAACGUAAAGUAAAUAAGAAAAAUCUUUCAAAUGCCAAGUCAAUAAAAUAAAGAAAAACGUAAUAAAACGUAGCGCGCGUACUUAGUACAGUAUUCAAAAUAAAAGUUUCGAUUGAGUUUUACAUAACAAAUCAUUGUGUAUGUAUAUACUGAAUAAAGCUUGCGAAUUGCACGGUAUGCAACU